GAAUGUCCGCUAGCUAUAGAAACUCGCAUUUAGGAGUUUUCGUUUAAGAUAAUUGCCGAGCGGCAGCACUUAAAAGGCGAGCGCCGGCUGCUCUAGCAUACGGGCGUAGCGUGCUAACUGUGGGUGCGCUUGCCAUGACGACAAAUUUUUGUUAUCAUUUUGUUCGCGAGAUAACAAAAUGCAGUUCAUGCUUUUUAGACCUCUUAAUCCGGCAAUAGUGCGGGGAGCGACGGUGGCGGCCCUCGCAGGGCUGGCACUGCCGCUGGCGCUGCCGCCGCUGCACAUGGCUGUGCUCUCCAAGUACUGGUCCAAGUACGCCCGCAAGGUCGACAAAUUCACGUGCACUUGCAGUUGCUGGGAUACUAUUUUUAAAGGCACCUAUGAGACUGGGGUGGCUUCCUACAAGCAUUUUUAUUUUAACGCGACCCGCAACGUGCUGCUCAUAUGGAUGCUGACUGUUCUGGCCAUCGUGGCCCUAUACGAGGCCAUCAAGCGGAUGGCCAUGCUGGCCGUAAACGGCCGCCUACGCUUUCCAAUGGCCCUACUUUUCCUAACCGCUCUCUUCCCGCAUUACUACAGCUGGUGGUCCUACCUCAAUUAUUGGAACGACGAUUUUUACACGCAAUGGCAUCAUCAACUGUACUUCACUGUCUCAGAGGUUGGCGCGAGUUACGCGGUGCUGCGGUUGGCCGACCGCGAAGUCAACGUGACGAGCCGCGGCGUGCUGCCAAUCGUGGCCGUUGGCAUGGUGCACGCCUUCCUGGCCGCCCGCGACCAGUUCGUGGAGAAUGUGCUGGCCGCGCGUGGUCUGGCCCACCAGGUGGUGCGGGACGUGGCCCUGAUGGUGCCCGACCUGCUGCACAUCUUGGUGCCGCUGGCCUGCCUGAUGGCGGCCCGACCCACGCCAUCGCGCCGCUUCUGGAUCGAACUGACCGCCUGCGUGGCCGCUGGCCUCACAACUUUCCGCCUCCUCUGCGAUGAGUGAGAUAUGAUGAACCUUCUGCGAGUUCGCGCAGCACAUAUCACUGAAGAGUUCUAUUCCUCUUCCUUUGACUGCCCUUGGGGAUAUACAUAACAUAUUUAUAAUCUUAUAUUAUAUACGCUUCAUUUUAUGCAGGUGGCCAGCAAGAACACACUGAUAAUGUCGUGAGAAAUGAGAAAAUACGAUUUUAGGGAUUUUAGGCAGCUCUCAAAUGUGAUUUGAUUUUUGAGCGGUGUUUGUUUCAUUUCCAUAUCAGUCUUUUUGAGAUGAAAUUUCGAUAGUGUUCAGGUUUCACAGCUUUCAUAGAUCAAUUUCAUUUUUUAUUCUUAUUAUAUGAUGCUUCGCGUCUCAUUCAUCUUCACUCCAGGCAUCUUAUGCAACCCGCCUCACUCAGAAGCAGAGCCGGUUGUACAUGUUUGGAGCUUCACUUACUUCAUGCUCUGCGGUCACCUCAACUAUUUUAAGAGAUGCUUUAUACUUAUCGCUCUUCAUCUUUAAUCUCUCACACACCACAUUGCUCUAAUGGACUAGCACAAGACAAUUAACAACUACUUUCAUACAGUAUUAACUUAAGAUUAAUUAAUUGUUGCCAAAAAGCAUUUUAGCUCUUCAUAAGAGUACCUUUUAGAACAGCACUUUUAGAUUCAUUAACCAGCGCUCUUACAAGGCCCCAUCUUUGAUACUGAAAAUGUCGUACUAAUUAUAAGCUGCUAUAACUUAAUAUCAAUUCCGAAUACAAAAGACUGGCAUUGCUCUACAAGUCGAAAAAUGAUGUUGUUAUUGAAAUUGACUGUUGUUAACUUCUUCGUGAGGGUGGGAACACACAGGAUUCGAUAUUUACAAAAAUGUAUUGAAAAUUAUUGAAGCAAAGGUGAGAGCUCGUGUUGAUCAAUGUUGUGUUUUAGAACAAAUGCAAUAUUUAUAUGUAUUUUGAGAAAUUGGCCAAGAUUGUUAAAAUUUAAACACACACUUGACUUGCAAAUAUCUUCAAAAUCUGCUCCAAUACCCUUGAGCCUAUACACAUAAAUAUUUGUGUCUAUAUUUGGUCAAGUCAGAACCCUCUGCUGGAACCGACAUGUGAAAUAGCGUUAUUUGGACGAACUAACAAGUAAGCUGGACAAUAAAUGGAAAUGUAAAGAGCAAAAAUAGAAACAUAAGAACACAAAAACGGUUAUGGAAUGAAAGGUGUACAAUGUGAGCACAAACGUUGUUGAGGCAUAAUUAUGAAAUAAUGUCUCGGCCAAUGGUACCAUGCAAGAGUAUAUAGUUGAAAUAAAUGGACCUAAGAGGUCGGUA